GGCGCCGCCGCGGCCAUGGGGAGCUGAGGCGGCGGCAGAGGCAGCGGCCCCGGCCCCGGCCCGGCCGCCCGCCCGCUCCCCAUGGGCUGCGGGGCCGCGGGACAUGGAGCGGUGCGCGGCCCGCCGAGCCCCGGAGGAAGAGCGUCGAGUGCGAGCCAACGCGCGGGAGUACAACGAGAAGUUCCAGUACGCAAGCAACUGCAUCAAAACCUCCAAGUACAACAUUGUCACCUUCCUGCCUGUCAACCUCUUCGAGCAGUUCCAGGAAGUGGCCAACACCUAUUUCCUCUUCCUCCUCAUCCUGCAGCUGAUUCCUCAGAUCUCUUCGCUCUCCUGGUUUACCACCAUCGUGCCUUUGGUUCUUGUCUUAACCAUCACAGCUGUCAAAGAUGCCACCGAUGACUAUUUCCGCCAUAAAAGCGACAACCAGGUGAACAACCGGCAGUCUCAGGUCCUGAUCGGUGGAGUCCUUCGGCAGGAGCAGUGGAUGAAUGUCCGCGUUGGAGACAUCAUCAAGUUGGAGAACAACCAGUUUGUGGCGCAGGCUGACCUCCUCCUCCUCUCCAGCAGUGAACCCCAUGGGUUAUGCUACAUAGAGACUGCAGAGCUGGAUGGAGAGACCAACAUGAAGGUGCGUCAGGCCAUCCCCGUCACCGCGGAGCUGGGGGACACCAGCCAGCUGGCUCGCUUUGAUGGUGAGGUGAUCUGUGAGCCCCCCAACAACAAGCUGGACAAGUUUGGUGGGACACUGUACUGGAAGGAGAACAAGUACGCCCUGAGCAACCAGAACAUGCUGCUGCGGGGCUGCGUCCUGCGCAACACUGAGUGGUGCUUUGGCCUCGUCAUCUUUGCAGGACCUGACACAAAACUGAUGCAGAACAGCGGCCGGACCAAAUUUAAGCGGACAAGCAUUGACCGCCUGAUGAACACGCUGGUGCUCUGGAUCUUUGGGUUCCUGGUGUGCAUGGGAGUGAUCCUGGCCAUUGGCAAUGCCAUCUGGGAGCACGAGGUGGGCGUCUGCUUCCAGAUCUACUUGCCCUGGGACGAGGGGGUGCACAGUGCCUUCUUCUCUGGCUUCCUCUCCUUCUGGUCCUACAUCAUCAUCCUCAACACUGUGGUGCCCAUCUCGCUCUAUGUGAGCGUUGAGGUGAUCCGGCUCGGGCACAGCUACUUCAUCAACUGGGACAAGAAGAUGUACUGUGCCAAGCGCCGGACGCCAGCUGAAGCCCGCACCACCACCCUCAACGAGGAGCUGGGGCAGGUGGAGUACAUCUUCUCUGACAAGACUGGCACCCUUACCCAGAAUAUCAUGGUCUUCAGCAAGUGCUCUGUGAACGGGCACAGCUACGGUGAGCGCCAGAUGCCAGAGCCAGGUGAUGUGCAGGACGUGCUAGGUCACAAGGCAGAGCUGGGAGAGAGGCCAGAGCCAGUAGACUUCUCCUUCAACCCACUGGCAGACCCACGGUUCCAGUUCUGGGACCCCAGCCUACUGGAAGCCGUCAAGCUGGGAGACUUCCACGUGCACGAGUUCUUCCGCCUGCUUUCGCUCUGUCACACCGUCAUGUCCGAGGAGAAGAGCGAAGGGGAGCUGUUGUACAAGGCACAGUCCCCAGAUGAGGGAGCGCUGGUCACAGCUGCCAGAAACUUUGGCUUUGUGUUCCGGUCCCGCACGCCCAAGACCAUCACAGUGCAUGAGCUGGGUCAAGCCAUCACCUACCAGCUGCUGGCCAUCCUGGACUUCAACAACAUCCGCAAGCGCAUGUCCGUCAUCGUCCGCAGCCCUGAGGGCAAGAUCCGGCUGUACUGCAAAGGCGCUGACACCAUCCUGCUGGAGCGGCUGCACCCCGUCAACCAGGACCUGAGCAGCAUCACCACCGACCACCUCAACGAGUACGCUGGUGAGGGGCUGCGGACACUGGUGCUGGCUUACAAAGACCUGGAGGAGAGCUACUACAAGGACUGGUCCGAGCGGCUGCAUCGAGCUGGCAGCGCCCCUGAGGCCCGUGAGGAUCACCUGGCUCGGCUCUACGAUGAGGUGGAGCACGAUAUGAUGCUGCUUGGAGCCACGGCCAUUGAGGACAAACUGCAGCAGGGGGUCCCCGAAACCAUUGCCAUCCUGACGCUGGCCAACAUCAAGAUCUGGGUGCUGACAGGGGACAAGCAGGAAACAGCUGUGAACAUCGGCUACUCCUGCAAGAUGCUGACAGAUGACAUGACAGAGGUGUUUGUGGUCACAGGCCACACUGUGCUGGAGGUGCGAGAGGAGCUAAGGAAAGCCCGGGAGAAGAUGAUGGAUGCGUCGCGUUCUGUGUGCAAUGGCUUCUCCUACCAGGAGAAACUCUCCUCCAAGCUUACCUCCGUGCUGGAAGCCAUCGCAGGCGAAUACGCCCUGGUCAUCAAUGGGCACAGCCUGGCCCAUGCACUGGAGGCAGACAUGGAGGUGGAAUUCCUGGAGACAGCGUGUGCCUGCAAGGCCGUUAUCUGCUGCCGUGUCACACCCCUGCAGAAAGCCCAGGUGGUGGAGCUGGUGAAGAAGUACAAGAAAGCCGUCACUUUGGCCAUUGGGGAUGGGGCCAACGAUGUCAGCAUGAUCAAGACUGCCCACAUUGGCGUGGGCAUCAGUGGGCAGGAAGGCAUCCAGGCCGUGCUGGCCUCCGACUACUCCUUCUCCCAGUUCAAGUUCCUACAGCGUCUGCUCCUGGUGCAUGGGCGCUGGUCCUACCUGCGCAUGUGCAAGUUUCUUUGCUACUUCUUCUAUAAGAACUUCGCCUUCACCAUGGUCCACUUCUGGUUUGGCUUCUUCUGCGGCUUCUCAGCACAGUGUACGACCAGUACUUUAUCACACUGUACAACAUCGUCUACACGUCGCUGCCUGUGCUCGCUAUGGGUGUCUUUGACCAGGCUGCUCCUGCCCAGGGCUAAAGGGAGGUGCCCACGCCCCCAGGACGUGCCAGAGCAGCGGAGCAUGGAGUACCCUAAACUCUACGAGCCUGGGCAGCUGAACCUGCUCUUCAACAAGCGGGAGUUCUUCAUCUGCAUUGCCCAGGGCAUCUACACGUCCAUCCUCAUGUUCUUCAUCCCCUACGGUGUCUUCGCUGAUGCCACUCGUGAUGACGGUGCCCAGCUGGCCGACUACCAAUCCUUCGCCGUCACUGUCGCCACCUCCCUCGUGAUUGUCGUCAGUGUGCAGAUCGGGUUAGACACAGGAUUCUGGACGGCCAUCAACCACUUCUUCAUCUGGGGCAGCCUGGCCGCCUACUUCGCCAUCCUCUUCACCAUGCACAGCGACGGCCUCUUCCGGAUGUUCCCCAACCAGUUCCGCUUUGUGGGUAACGCGCAGAACACGCUGGCCCAGCCCACGGUCUGGCUGACCAUUGCCCUCACCGCCGUAGUCUGUAUCGUGCCCGUUGUGGCCUUUCGCUUCCUUAAGCUGGACCUGAAACCAGAGCUCUCGGAUACGGUGCGCUACACGCAGCUGGUACGGAAGAAGCAGAAGACGCAGCACCGGUGCAUGCGGCACGCGGGGCGCGCGGGCUCACGCCGCUCUGGCUAUGCCUUCUCCCAUCAGGAGGGUUUCGGGGAGCUCAUCAUGUCUGGCAAGAACAUGCGGCUUAGCUCCUUGGCACUCUCCAGCUUUGCCCCCCGCCCCAGCACCAGCUGGAUUGACACCCUGCGGAAGAAGAAGGGCUGCGAGGGCAGCAGUGCCGGCAGCCCCAGUGGUGCAGCCGACAAGACUCUCAGGGUGUGAGGCUGGAGGGAGCCACAUCUCCUCCAGUGCAGCUGGGGGCUCCCCUCCUCUGCCCCUGGCCCUGGGGAGGGCAAAGCCCCUUGUCCAGCAGUGUCAGAGCAGAGGUGAUAUGUGGGGGUCAGUGCUGAGGUUUGGAGGAGUCUGGACUGUCGCCUUCUAGCCAAAAAAUACAGCCUUUCCCUCCCCGGGGAGGGUGGGUGGAUGGAUGGAUGGAUGGAUGGAUGGAUGGAUGGAUGGAUGGAUGGAUGGAUAUCAUCACCAUCAGCCCCCCCCCCACCUCCCCUUUCACUCCUCCAUCAGUAUUCAAUUCCACUGAGUGCAAACGCCCCAUCACACAUGAAUGUAUCGUACCAGAGGUGCAGGGCUCUGGGAGGACUCUGUGGACUGUGGCCUCUCUGUGCCCUUCACCCACGUGUCUUUUUUUUUAUAUAAACAAAACAAAACAAAACAAAAAAAAAAGACCCCCCCCCCCCAAAAAAUAGUAACCAAAACAAAAAGGUAAGGAAAAAC